UCCGUAUUGAGACGUCUAUCAGUUCCCCGUCCACGCACGUCAGUUACCGUCGAUGCGCACGCUGCGGUGCCUCAUCAUGCCCUGGUCCAUUCUCUCGUGCCCUUGCCUGUGCCCUCACAGGACCCGGGAAGCAACCCCAGUGCAGCAGCAUUGGCAAAUGCCACCAAGGCGGUGUUCGACGCCGUGAGGCAAUUCUUCGAGGACCGGUGGCAGCUGCUGCAGUCGCUGGAGGCCGCGGCAGCCCAGGGCGGGGACAAGGGCGACCCAGAGGCGGGCGAGGCUGCAGCUGCGGGCGCCGCGGCCGCAGUUCCCGGCGUGGCCGCGGGUGCCCUGCAGGGGGCCCUGCACGUCCUGGCUGGCAGGCUGGAGAGGACGCUGAGCCUGGCGCCGCAGACGGCCGCCGGUGAGGACGGCGAGACGUCCGCCGCCCACGCGAGGGCCUCCCGCGCGGUGGCGGUUCUGGCGGCGUACGUCGACGGCUUUGCGAGCCUUGCGGGUUGCAAUGCCAUGGCCUCUUCGGGAAGCUUGUGGCUGCAGGUGUGCAAGGGCUCCGACCAGUCCCAGGUGCUUCCCUGGGCCCUCCUGGUGGAGGUGAC